GUCCAUUAUAUCUGUAUACUAAAAUGCAAGGUGUACAGAAGCGUUAACCAUAGCGCAGUCAGUUUUCGGCUUGACUAGCUUGUUAGGGCUUUUCCCGCGACCUACAGCCCUCUUUUAGACAUCGUUGCCAUUUUAUACGUUAUGUAGCCAGCGGUGUACUUAGCAUUCCCUUUGAAACCCCAAGGUGGCUAGCUAGGUUACAGUAAGACGAUGUACAGCGUUGGCGUCAACGGAUGUCAAUCCAGCCACAGUGCCUCCUCUACAUCCGCGCGACCUCCGCGUCAGUUCCGUAGACGCCUUGCACUUCUUGGGGCCGCCGCGGUGCCUCUAGUUGCGGCAACCGCUGCAACAGCCUCACCAUUGCAACCAACUCGGCAUUCCAAAUGCCAACACCAGCCUUCCCCCCUCACGCUAGCCUCAACCUCCGCCUCCGCCCCCUCACCUACGCCUUCUGUCCUCGACCUGCUGCUACCGGUGCUGGCGUCCGCAGCUGAAAAGUGGAUACCCAUAGCUAUCUCCGCCGCCCAGCGCUUCCUGUCCGAUCAGCUCGCCUCGCUGCACUCCCCCGACUGCUGGCGCGGCAGCGGGGGGGUGCUGCGGGCGCUGCUGGCGGGGGCGGCGCUGCAGCUGGGCAGUCUGGGGCUGGCCACGCGGCUGUGCAGGCUGGAGCCCUCCGCUGUGUACGGCGGGCAGUGGUGGCGGCUGGUGAGCUGGACACUGGUGCAUGCGGGGCCGCUGCACUUGGCGACCAACUACGCCGCCCUAGCCAAGCUGGGACCCCAAUGGGAGCAGGUGGCGGGCGAAACCCGCUUCACCGCCACCUACCUCGCCUCCGCAGCAGCCGCCACCGUCGCCUCCCUCGUCGCAAUGGGGGGCCCGCGGGGCAGCCAUGCAGCCAGCCUGGGCGCCUCGGGCCCCGUGUACGGCAUUGCUGCCGCGCUGUGGCACUACCAUGCCGUACAUGCGGGGCUGCUGCCGGCGGAGGCUGACGUGGCGCUGCGGGAGCUGGGGGGGCGGCUGGCGGUGGG